AUGUUAUCCUACGACAGUCCCGUCCCAGUGAAUGGAAAUCACUCUGCGGCUAGCAUGGCUGCUUCGAUAAAUACUAUGGCACCGAAUCCGAAGCCUAUCAAUGCCACCAUGGUACCAGUAACAUCGAAUAACACUAUCGCAAAAACCAAUGGCCAGCCAGGACCCAGACAUCAUCAUAUCUGGUUAGUCACUGGCCCCGCCGGUUGCGGAAAAAGCACUGUGGCCAAGCACUUGUCAACGGCCCUUAACUUACCUUACAUCGAAGGUGACGAGUUUCACACGAAGGCAAACGUUGAGAAAAUGGCCAAUGGCAUACCAUUGACGGAUGCUGAUCGAUGGGACUGGCUCACUGCCUUGCGAGAGGAGUCUCUGCAUAAACUAGCAGAUGGCGCCGAAGGAGUGGUGCUUACCUGCUCGGCUCUCAAGCGUAAGUAUCGAGAUGUCAUUAGGGUGGCACCUUACUAUUCGCACGACGUCGUUCUCCACUUCAUCUACCUUCAUGCGCCAGAAGCUGUUCUCCUCGAGCGCGUGGGGCUAAGACAGGGGCACUACAUGGGGGCAAACAUGGUCCACAGCCAGUUCUCUAUUCUGGAGCCACCGACGGCAGAAGAGACGGACGUGAUCAGCGUCGACGUGAGCAGGCCUAUGGAGGCUGUUCUAGAGGAGUCUUUGAACAAGGUGCUCCAGAAAAUGGACGAGACUGCAUCGAGCUAA